AUGGCAGAUGCGGCGUUUUCUGACGAUGGGAAAUAUUAUUCUACCAUAAGUCAGGAUGGCAGGCUUAAAAUAUGGGAUACAGAAACAAAUGUCCUCAAACAGGAAUAUACCCCAGACCUGCAUUUAACCUCCCCACCGUCAUGUUUGCAAUGGUUAAAUGUCACACGAUCAGUCUCUCCACAAAAAGGUGUCAGAAGAAAAUCAAUUGGUGAUCAAGAGACUCAAUUAAUAGCAGUAGGGACUACCAGUGGAAAGAUCCUAUUAUAUUCUGUUGCCCAAGCGAAGGUUGAAACAGUGUUAAUUGAUCAGAAGAGUAAUGAAAUACACAACAAUAAAAUAAAGACUUUAGACUGGCAUAGAAAGUAUGGCUUAUACAGUUGUACAGGUGAUAAUGUGGUGCACGAAUGGGAUCUGCAGGCCGCAUCAGUUAAAAAUAAAUACAAUAUAAAUGUUGAUAGCAAAAGUAAACAAACAAACGGUGUCAGUGCCAUCAAGAUUAUCCCGCAUAAUGGGAAGUCAUCAGCAAGGUAUUUAGUGGCAGCAUCAUGGCAACUCCGAAUAUGGUGCUUACACGAAAGCCAGGCAGUAUUGGUAAAAAAUCUUGGCCACAAUGCGUCACCUCGUGCAUUAUUAGCUUUAGUAACAGCAGGAAACACAUGCUGGCUUAUAGAGGGUUCACAGAAUGAACGACUCCUAUCAUUCUGGGAUGUGACAAUCACGGACGAAAACCUUCCCCAAGUUAACGGAGAUGAACCCACACCUAAUAAGAGACAGCGGAAGAAAUCUAUUACCAGUGUACCUCUUGUACCAACGCCGACGUGUAACUUCGUGCUGGAAGACGCACCGAAGAUUUUAGAUUUAAAUGUAGAAAUGGAAAAUGGGACUAAAUUACAGCUGGCAGCGGCAACUAGAAGUGGUGUUGUACAUUUUUAUGGACAUAUGUUGAAUGGGGCCUCAACAAAACCGAUCAAACCUUCAGUAACCGUGUAUGUAACUACUGCGGACGCCACACCAUUACCGCUCCAGUGCUGUAAACUGGCUACUACUGGGGAUUUGCUGUUAGGAUAUACAAAUGGUGCUGCAUUGCAUUUUGAAAGAGUUACACCAGAUCUAAACACAAAAACACAAAUUCUUAUACGCGGAGACGCGAAAGAGGGCAAAAAGAAAGUAAAACAGACAAACGAAGUCAACAAAGUGAGGUCGGACCAAAAAUCUAAUGACGUCACAUACGUUGAACCGAUGGGCGGAGUUACCAGGAAGCGACCCACUCCAGGUGGACAGGUGGAAGUGACAAUGGAAGAGAGAUUAGCAAAUUUAGGAUUAGAUGUUAAAAACAGAGGCAAGUCUGCCGUCAACCAGAACCUUACAAAGUUACUAAUGCAGGGCUUGCAUUCGAAGGAUAAAAGGAUAAUACUAACGGUGCUACAAAAAGACGACCCGGCAGUUGCAAUGAGGACAGUAUCGCACCUGCCAGCGGAUUAUGUAUCAUUAUUAUUAGACCAGUUGGCAGAUAUGGCUACUAGAAAGACCAGUCAAUGCGCGUCAGCUUGCACGUGGCUCGGAGCAACAUUGCGGGCGCACGCAGCGUUGCUACUGGCGACUUCACCCCAGCGGCUCACACAUUUACUGGCAAUCCUUACCCACAGGCGGUCACAUUUAUGUCAGCUGCUCAACAUCAAAGGCCGUUUAGAGUUGAUCUCUUCACAGCGAGGCACAAGAGAUACAGAGUUGGAUCACGAACCUGUCUUACAGUAUGAUGACACAUCGUCUGAAGAGGAAAUGGAGGUGGAGCGUUACCAGUCGGACGACAGCGCGCAAUCGUGGGACGAGGCGGAGGACGAGGGGGAGUGGGGCGAGGCGGGGGGAGGGGAGGCCGACAGCGUCGACUCGGACUGA